AUGUCUUGCAACAGUCCAUCAAGUGGUCAUACAUCCAAUGCAUCAGAUAAUAACAAGGAGAACGAGAAUGGAGAGAAGAAAGAAGGGCCAUCAAUGAUUCUUUUUCCUUCUGGACCAAAUGCAGAGUUUCAUAAUCUUACCGAUCAAAUGAAAAUCGGUGCCGUUGCCCUCACGGGAAGUGCAGCCAUGGGGACGAUUGGACAUACUGUUGGUUUGAUUGAUAUAGCUGAAUCUGAUGACUCAUACUUCUUUCGUGUUUCACUGCCUGGUGUUUCCCGUGAUGAAAAGGACUUCAGCUGCAAUAUAGAACCAGACGGCACGGUUUUGAUAAAGGGAAUAACAACAACUGGGGAGGAGACGAUCUGCAGGCACAAUCAGGUGUUCAAGAUGAUAACCCAUAACUCCUGUCCUCCAGGCCCCUUCACAACCUCUUUCCAGCUUCCGGGAGCUGUGCGUGUGGGCAAUGGCGAUAUCUUCAUUAAUUUUAGGUCAGAUGGUGUUCUUGAGAUCCUUGUGAAGAAGGUGCACUAUGAAGAUUAA